UAUGACAAUAUACGUCAUGAGGAACUUUAUUUUGAAAACUUUGGCUGACCGGAAAACGAAUUUGUUAUACAGGGAGGUAAACGAAGAUAAACUAGCUAAGCUUGCAAAUUGAUGUGUUAACUAAUAUAGAAAGAAGGGAGGAUGAGCAGCUCAGAGGAGGUGUCCUGGAUAUCCUGGUUUUGUGGACUCAGAGGGAAUGAGUUCUUCUGCGAGGUUGAUGAAGACUACAUACAGGACAAGUUUAACCUGACCGGUUUGAAUGAGCAGGUGCCUCACUAUCGGCAGGCUUUGGACAUGAUUCUCGACCUGGAGCCAGAUGAGGAACUUGAAGACAACCCCAACCAGAGUGACUUGAUAGAGCAGGCAGCAGAGAUGCUCUACGGGCUCAUACAUGCACGUUACAUCCUCACAAACAGAGGCAUAGCACAGAUGUUGGAAAAGUAUCAACAAGGAGAUUUUGGCUAUUGCCCCAGAGUCUAUUGCGAGAAUCAACCAAUGCUUCCUAUUGGUUUGUCAGACAUCCCUGGAGAAGCAAUGGUAAAGCUUUACUGCCCAAAGUGCAUGGAUGUUUACACCCCCAAAUCCUCCAGACACCACCACACAGAUGGAGCCUAUUUUGGGACCGGGUUCCCCCACAUGCUGUUCAUGGUGCACCCAGAGUAUCGUCCAAAGCGACCAGCCAACCAGUUUGUGCCAAGGCUAUAUGGUUUCAAAAUUCACCCAAUGGCUUAUCAACUCCAACUCCAGGCUGCAACCAAUUUCAAGAGCCCAGUCAAGACAAUCCGCUAGAACGCUUUGACCAACACAAUGGACUUAUAGACUUUGCUGUCUACUACUUGUUUGAAGGAAUGGAUUAUAUAUAUAUAUUCCCAAUGAAUGCCUGUAUAGUUUCCCAAACUCAACUCGACACUUUUGAGAUUCAGACAUUUCCUCAUUUAUUGAAAUCCCGUACAGUUGAGGUUAUGUUCUGUAUUAAAGAUGUAACUAAUUCCAAAGGGUCAAUCUCCUGACAGUGUUUAACUUUAAUUGAUGUCUAUCCAUCUUUGCACAUUUUAAGGUUGUAAAAGUGUCUUUAACUCUGCGACGAUGGAGGCUCCAGUGUGCGUCGUGGCUCAACUACAGGUAACGAAUGUAACAGAUGCCGUGCCACCAGCCCAACAGGGUCGCCUUACCACCAUGGUCAGUCUAUACUUUUGAAAGCUAACAUUAAAUCAGAUCAGAUCACGUUAACGUAAUAUUUUAUGCUGUUAAGAUGAAGGAUUUUAUUUGAAAACAGCAACGAGUGUAAAUGUGGUCAGGUGCUAUUCCCAAGAAACAAUGAAUACCAAAUUAGAGGAAGACCGUAAGAAAAUUGAACUGUGCUUGAUUUUAAAAUUUAGACACUGUUUGUACUUAAAUUGUUUAGGCAAAUGUAUCAUGAUUAUAGUAUAUUACAAUAUUGACAGAUGUGAUGUCUGCAACACCAACUGUGGAGCAAGAGAAUAGCAUUAAAUAUUUAUUUCUUACCAAGA